GCCCAUUAUAGGUCCUGCAUUACCACCUGGCUUUAGGAAACCUUCACAGGAUGCUGGAAACAGCAGAUAUUCCAUAGCACCGUCUGUUUCAUCAGAAUUCCAUACCCAGGUAACAGAUAGUAGUGAGGAAGAAGACAACCUUAUAGGCCCGAUGCCUGCAAAAGGACCGGUGGAGUCUGAUGUGGCUAAAGAAUUUGAACGCAGAGCUCAGAGAAUGAAGGAAAAACUUACUUCAGCAGACAGCGAUGAACCCAAGCAAGUUACCAGGGAAUCAUGGAUGACAGAGCUUCCACCUGAAUUGAAAAGCUUUGGAUUUGGCCCAAGAACGUUCAAGAGAAGAGCUGAUGACAAAUCAGGUGAUAGAUCUAUUUGGACAGAUACUCCAGCUGACAGAGAGAGAAAAGCCAAGGAAAGAGAAGAGGCAAAAAAGUUGACCAGUAAGGAUAAUGAAGAAAUCGUGUUAUCUGGGAGAGAUAAGAGACUUGUUGAGCAGGUGACUUCAUACAAUGUAAGUGUAAGAUCAGAAUACUUCCCCUUCCUGCAUUUCCUUUAA